AUGGCUAUAAACAAAAAGGUUUCUUUUUUUUAAAAAUAUUUUUGUUGUGGAACUUAGUCAGACAUCUAAGAACCUAAAACAACACUCAACACAUAUAUUUUAACAACCACAAUAUUUGAAUAUUGGAAAUCCAAUAAAAAGGAUCCAAUAUUCUAUUCAAUGUCAUUAUUGGAUGGUUUUUAUCAAGAUAAGUCUAAAAAGAUUAAAACAUUACAUCCACUUAAGGAUCUAAUUUUUAGUGAGACUCUUACAAAAAUUACACUAUUUUCAUGUCCAAUAUGUUUUCGAUAUUUUAAUUGUAAAUAUGAUAUAUCUAAAAUUUUAGUCAUCUUGUCAUCGUCUUGUUGUGCAAAUUACAUAUGUCAUAUUUGUGCCUUUGAAUUUUAAAGACCAAAUUGUCAUUUUUGUUAAAAUGAAUCCUGUAAUUAUAAUGAUGCUGAUUUAAAUUCAUAAAAAAUAUACACUGAUUCAUAGGGUUUAUAGUUAUAUGCCUUAUAAUUACAAAAAACUUGA